UAUACGUCUCACCUGACCUUAUCGUUGUUGUCAGUGUCAAAAUAUAGCAAAUGACAAAGUAGUAAGUCUUGAUAGAUUUUUAAUUGCCUACAGUGUGAUGUGUCUUAUUCUAAGAUAGUGAAGAACGAGUUUGGAAAGCACGACAAACGGGCAACGGCCUAAAAUGGUAAAUAAUGGAGAAUUUUUGUAUCCCAAUAACUUUCACCACAGUUAACAAGUGAUCAUGGAAAAGUAUCCAUUGAAAAGGGGAAGUCUGCCAGUGCAACAGACCAAUCCAACAUCCUAUCAAUCAGUAAAUAAAAAGUUCUCCAACGGAAACCACAGGGCGAUUUUCGUGGCGUCCCCCGAUGAAGACAUGAUCGACAUCAACACGGCAGGUUCGGGCGGAGGCGAGAGGACCACCAGGCUCAACGAGGAGGACGACGGAGUGUCCCACUAUUCUGUUUCAUAUGCUGGCACGCAAGAAUCUGCAGCUGACAUCCCCGGUAUCGGCCAAUAUGAAGACUUUCACACAAUCGACUGGCAAAGAGACAUCGCCAGAGACCGCAUGCGACACAGGUAUAUCGUGAAGAAAAAACAAGACUCGUUCUGGAACCUGAUCGAAGGCGCGCACGACGCCUGGUCGGGAUGGCUGUGCGUGCUCCUCGUAGGCCUGUUCACGGGGGCCGUCGCCGGUGUCAUAGACAUAGGCGCCAGCUGGAUGACCGACUUGAAGUUCGGCAUAUGCCCGCAGGCGUUCUGGUUGAACCGGGAGCAGUGCUGUUGGUCCUCGAAUGAGACCAGCUUUGAAGCUGGCAACUGCUCGCAGUGGCUGACCUGGGCGGAAGUCCUGGGCCAGGCAAAGACGGGGGCAGGUUCCUACAUCAUAUCCUAUCUAUUCUACAUAGUCUGGGCACUUCUAUUCGCGGCUCUAUCAGCGUCCCUUGUGCGAAUGUUCGCCCCAUACGCUUGUGGGUCUGGUAUUCCAGAAAUCAAAACCAUCCUCAGCGGUUUCAUCAUCAGGGGUUACUUGGGCAAAUGGACCCUGAUAAUAAAGUGCGUGGGUCUGAUACUGUCCGUAUCCGCUGGCCUAAGUUUAGGGAAGGAAGGCCCCAUGGUACACAUCGCGUGCGCGAUAGGUAAUAUUUUUUCAUAUCUAUUUCCCAAGUACGGGAGAAAUGAAGCGAAGAAAAGGGAAAUUCUCUCGGCGUCAGCGGCUGCCGGAGUCUCGGUUGCUUUCGGAGCCCCAAUUGGAGGAGUCCUCUUCAGCUUAGAGGAGGUCAGCUAUUAUUUCCCCCUGAAAACGCUAUGGAGGUCGUUCUUCUGCGCCCUCGUGGCCGCCUUCAUCCUGAGGAGCAUCAACCCGUUCGGGAACGAACACUCCGUCCUCUUCUACGUCGAAUACAACAAGCCGUGGAUCUUCUUCGAGCUGAUCCCCUUCAUCGGACUGGGGAUUAUAGGGGGCGUCAUCGCGACGAUAUUCAUCAAGGCCAACUUGUGCUGGUGCCGAUACAGGAAGUUUUCGAAACUGGGCCAAUAUCCGGUGACGGAGGUCCUCGUCGUUACCGUAAUAACGGCGAUUAUCGCAUACCCCAACCCCUACACGAGGAUGAACACCAGCCAGCUGAUCUAUCUGCUGUUCAGCCAGUGUGGAAUAUCCAAUUCAGACGAUCUAUGCGACUACAACAGGAACUUCACCGACGUCAACUCGGCGAUAGAGAUCGCGGCCGCCGGCCAGGGCGUCCACCGAGCCGUCUGGCUGCUGAUCCUCGCCCUCAUCCUGAAGCUCUUCAUGACCAUCUUCACCUUCGGCAUGAAGGUGCCGUGCGGCCUGUUCAUCCCGUCCCUCUGUCUGGGCGCCAUCGUCGGCCGCGUCGUCGGCAUCGGCAUGGAACAGCUCGCCUACAACUACCCCAAGUUCUGGCUGUUCAGCGGGGAGUGCUCCACCGGCGACGACUGCAUCACGCCGGGGCUGUACGCCAUGGUGGGGGCGGCGGCGGUGCUCGGCGGCGUCACCCGCAUGACGGUAUCGCUGGUGGUGAUCAUGUUCGAGCUGACGGGCGGCGUGAGGUAUAUCGUGCCGCUGAUGGCCGCCGCCAUGGCGAGCAAGUGGGUGGGCGACGCUCUGGGCAGGCAGGGCAUCUACGACGCCCACAUAGCCCUCAACGGGUACCCCUUCCUCGACUCCAAGGACGAGUUCCAGCACACCUCUCUGGCGGCGGACGUGAUGCAGCCGAAGCGCAACGAAACGUUGAGUGUAAUCACGCAGGACUCUAUGACUGUAGAUGACAUAGAAGCGCUAUUAAAAGAAACCGAGCACAACGGAUAUCCGGUGGUGGUGUCCAAGAAAUCGCAAUACCUGGUCGGUUUUGUACUGCGAAGGGAUUUGAAUCUGGCUAUCGCUAAUGCUAAGCGAAUGGUGGACGGUAUCUGCGGCCAGUCGCUAGUGCUUUUUACUACGGGCAACACGCCUCAGACGCUGGGACCGCCACCGUUGAAACUGAAGAAGAUCUUGGAUAUGGCCCCCAUCACAAUAACGGAUCAGACCCCUAUGGAGACAGUCGUAGAUAUGUUCAGAAAAUUGGGACUGAGACAGACACUAGUCACGCAUAACGGGAGAUUAUUGGGUGUGAUAACGAAAAAGGAUGUGUUGAGGCACAUCAAACAAAUGGAUAACGAGGAUCCAAACUCUGUUUUAUUCAACUAAUUGUAUUAUUUUAUCUAGGUAAUUUAAGUUAUAACACUGUAUAAAUUCAGUUAAUUGUAUAUUACUUUGUUACUAUCUAAGUAAGUAAAUAUUUGUCCAGCUCCUAUUUAUUUCAUUUUAUUUAAUCGUUGACGUUAAUUUAACGUGUAAAUGUCUUCCCCCCGCCCUUAAAAAUGUAAUUUAGUUGGCUUGAUUGACUAGGUGGACACACUGAUGAUGAAUUUGUAUAUUUAUGUAUGUCAGAUCCCUAUUAUGCUCAGAUGAUAUAUUGUAUGUAAUUAAAUAAAGGAUUUUUAUAAAUACA